AUGAUGAAACAAACACCAAGAGUCCUCGCCGAUAAAAUCGACAACGCGACUUGGGAUCAACACCGCGAGACCAUCCACCGCCUCUUCAUCCUUCAGAAUCGCAAACUGGAAGGGCCUGAAGGCGUGAUGCAGGUGAUGUCCAAAGUCCAUGGCUUCAGUGCCACCAAGCCACAAUAUGAAGCCCGUUUCCGGUCUUGGAAUAUUCGGAAGAAGAUUACAGAAAGAGAGUGGGUUUCGAUUGUUUUGCAUGUUCAUGCGAGGGCACAGCAAGGCAGAAAAACUCAAGUCAUGUUUAACGGUACGGUUCUUGACGAGGACCGGGUUGCGAGGGAAAUCAAUCGGCGCCUUUCGAGAUACAAUGGGCAUCUGAAUAACUUACAAGAACUUCCCAAGGUGCCCCCAGGCUUCAAGCUGCAAUCCCCGUCAAGUGCUGCCGUCCCGUAUGCGGAUAAUGCCAUAUCCGAUCACAACCCUACAAGCUGCUUAAAAGAUCUUGAUAUCCAUACAGCCGUCCUGUAUGUUCAUCCGACACAAUUUGGAAGCAUUUAA